GUCGCCCUAAAACUUCUUAUUUGUCGCCCUAAUUAAAUUACAUUUACUUUAACACCCUUAGUUACUUAACCCUAAAUAAACUUAUUUACUACACCAAUUAACAAAAUACAAUAAAAAAACAAUCUUUUUUCUUUUUUCUCAUCUCCCUCUGUGAUCGGUACAUAUGUCAAUUUAUGGAUUUGCAGCGAGGGAGAGUAAAGGUAUGAACUUUCUGGGCAUAAUCAAUCAUAUUUACCUUAAUGGAAAUAGGUUCCUCCACCAGGGAAAUUGAUCUUAUCCCGGUUAACAAUCUCCCUAACCUUAUAAUCAGUUGGCGGCGGAAUCAGAUAAUUAAGCCGCCACUGCGGCGGUGGACAUCUUAUCCCGGUUAACAACCAUCCAAUUCUAAUCGGACUCCAAUUUAUCUUCCCUAACUUUAUAACCAGCCGGCCGUGGAAUUAGACAAUUAAGCCGCCGCUGCGGCGGCGGACAGUGCCCGCUCGGAAUGCUCAAUCAACGACAAGUUCAGUUUCAACUUCGAGGGGUACAUAUGUCAAUUUGUUGUGUUUUAGGACGAUAAAAUUUAAAUUUUAGAGCGACAAAUAGCAAUUCAGUAAUACAAACCACCUAAAAUAUAUACGCCACCACGUCGUCUUUUGCUCAGUGUUCUACUCCACUUUCAUCUCUCGUUUACACCGCCGUUUUCUCCCCUCCUUCCCCUUGCUUUGCCAUCGCCGAAUCCGUCUCCCAUGGCUCCUUCCUUCGUAAUCAACGGCGGCGACUUCACCGCCGCCAGCACCAAGUCCUCCAGUGGCGGCCGCGCAUCCUCCGUUUACAGCGAGGUCCAGACCAGCCGAAUUGACUACACUCUCCCUCUCCCCUCGGUCCUUACUGGUCCAUUCAAGAUCGUUGAUGGCCCCGCUAGUUCCGCCGCCGGAAACCCUGAUGGGAUCGCCAAUCUGUUCCCAAAUCUGUUUGGCCAGCCUUCUACAAUGCUGGUGCCAACCGACGGCGAGCAUGCUCUCGAUUCCGGUCGCAAACUGAAAAUCGGCGUCGUCUUGUCCGGAGGCCAGGCCCCUGGAGGACACAAUGUCAUCUCGGGAAUCUUUGAUUACUUGCAGGCUCAUGCCAAGGGGAGUACGGUUUAUGGAUUUCGCGGGGGUCCUGCUGGUAUCAUGAAGUGCAAAUAUGUAGAAUUGACUCCUGACUACAUUCGCCCUUACAGAAACCAGGGUGGUUUUGAUAUGAUCUGCAGUGGCAGGGACAAGAUCGAGACACCUGAGCAGUUUAAGCAAGCUGAAGAAACUGCAGUGAAGCUCGAUUUGGAUGGGCUUGUUGUUAUUGGUGGGGAUGAUUCCAACACAAAUGCUUGCCUGCUUGCUGAAAACUUCAGGAGCAAGAAUUUGAAAGCACGGGUAAUUGGCUGCCCGAAGACAAUUGAUGGUGAUCUGAAAUGCAAAGAGGUCCCCACCAGUUUUGGAUUUGACACCGCCUGCAAGAUAUAUGCUGAAAUGAUUGGCAAUGUCAUGAUUGAUGCCAGAUCAACUGGGAAAUAUUAUCACUUUGUACGGCUUAUGGGUCGUGCUGCCUCCCACAUUACCUUGGAAUGUGCUUUGCAAACUCACCCCAACAUUACAAUCAUUGGGGAAGAGGUUGCUGCAAAAAAAUUGACACUUAAAAAUGUUACCGAUUACAUGGUUGAUGUGAUCUCCAAACGCGCUGAACUUGGUUAUAACUAUGGUGUUAUCCUUAUUCCGGAGGGCUUGAUUGAUUUCAUCCCUGAGGUCCAGCAGCUCAUUGCAGAACUGAAUGAAAUUCUGGCCCAUGAAGUUGUGGACGAAGCUGGGCUCUGGAAGAAGAAGCUUGCAGAGCAGUCUCUUCAGCUUUUUGACUUUUUACCUCAAGCAAUUCAGGAGCAAUUGAUGCUUGAGAGAGAUCCACAUGGGAAUGUUCAGGUUGCUAAAAUAGAGACAGAGAAAAUGCUAAUUCAGAUGGUUGAAACUGAGUUGGAAAAAAGGAAGCUAGAAGGUUCAUACAAAGGCCAAUUCAAAGGACAGUCCCACUUCUUUGGGUAUGAAGGAAGAUGUGGUUUGCCAACUAAUUUUGAUUCUAUGUACUGUUAUGCAUUGGGCUAUGCUGCUGCUGUUCUUCUCCACAGUGGGAAGACUGGGUUGAUUUCAUCAGUUGGAAAUCUAGGUGCCCCUGUUUCAGAAUGGACGGUUGGUGGGACUGCAUUGACUUCCUUGAUGGAUGUGGAGAGAAGACAUGGUAAAAACAAGCCCGUUAUCAAGAAGGCAAUGGUAGAGCUCGAAGGCGCACCUUUCAAAAAGUUUGCUUCAAUGCGGGACGAAUGGGCACUCAAGAACAGAUACAUCAGUCCUGGUCCUAUUCAGUUUAUGGGACCUGGGGCAGAUGAUGUCAACCAUACCCUACUGUUGGAACUUGGACUUGUUGCUGCUUAAAGCUCCGGAAUGAAAUGAUUGCUUCUCUUCGUCUCCAUUUAUUCCAUUUGCUUCGGGGGGGUUUUAGUACGCACUUGUUUAUGCUGAUCGAUCAUGUUUGUCCAGCUAUCCAACGACGUAACGCUAACCGACUUGUCUGUCCUGGGUGUGAUUUGUUAGAUUAGAUGAAUAAUGACAUUUCAUCUGCACUUGCAGCAUGGGCUUUUAGUGUACUCAAUCUAGAUCUAUUGUCGGAAUAAUUUGAAGUAUCUGAAUUCCAGAGCUGUGAUUUUUGCCAUUAGCAGUGGUCAUAUUUCGAUAUCAUCUUUCGUGCACAGUCGAGAUGUGACAUACAGGAACCGGAAUUCGUCGGAAUGUGCCAUGAGAAAUGACUACAUCACCAAAAUAUCUCGAUAUACUGCGUAUUUCGUCAAUUUGUUGUGUUGUGGUUCUUGUACAGAUUCCAAAAAGUUUGCGCUUUAUCAGAAAAAUGAUCAAUAUUGUUUGUUUAGAUCUCUCAAAACCAAAAUCGAAACGCCAUAAAUAGACAACACUGAUGAUAUCGGAGAUGAGCUAAUCCAGCAGAUUAGAAAGCUGAGAAGCUAUUGUUUAAAUUACAGGAAAAAAUCUCAGAAUACACUAAUUAUUAAAAAAAAUUCCCUAAAUACAGUACUUAUAAACUU